AUGAGAUCAAUUACCGAUAUUUGACAGAACUCUCUUUUCUAAGAAUGUAGAAUAACAUCUGAGUAAUUUUUGGAGCGCAUAAGCAUAGAAAGUUCAGUUAUGAAUAUUCUAUUCGUAAUGAUAAUAUUCUGUCAAUAUUGUUUUUGUAAAAAAUGUAAAGUGAACUAUUGGCAAUGAGGAAUAUAGUAGUAUUGAUCUCUCUAUGGAACACAUAACAACACAGAAUAUUGUGGCAUUGCUCAGAGCCUGUGUGUCAUAAACAAUGGCUACGGUGUGGAUAUGUCUCCUGUAGUGUUGUGUGAAAUGGAAUUGCAAGUAAAUGGGUUUUCAAUAAAAAUGAAAGUAAAAUGAACAAAAACAUUGUGUUCAAAAUAUUAUGCAUAUAUAUGGAAGUAUUACCAGAUUGGAUAUUGUUAUUCUUGUGAUUGUUACUCUGCGGAUUUUAUGCCUACAGCAGCAUUUUGAAUUGUGCAGAAGAUGUCACAUCAUCAUCACCACCACCACCGGGUAAAUUCCCUCCGAGACCGGGAGGAACAGUAUGUGGGUCCAUACAAGCUGGAGAAAACCCUGGGCAAGGGGCAGACAGGACUGGUGAAACUGGGCGUUCAUUGUGUGACAGGAAAGAGGGUGGCCAUCAAAAUUGUAAAUAGAGAAAAACUCAGCGAAUCAGUAUUAAUGAAGGUUGAAAGAGAGAUAGCCAUCAUGAAGCUUAUAGAACACCCUCAUGUCCUAGGCUUGUUUGAUGUGUAUGAGAACAAAAAAUACUUGUAUCUGGUGUUAGAACACGUAUCAGGGGGCGAGCUGUUUGACUAUCUCGUAAAGAAAGGCCGUCUCACGCCCAAGGAGGCCCGCAGAUUCUUCCGACAAAUCAUCUCCGCUCUUGACUUCUGCCACAGCCACAAUAUAUGUCAUCGAGACCUGAAGCCAGAGAAUCUGCUGCUUGACGAGAAGAACAAUAUCCGGGUGGCUGACUUUGGGAUGGCCUCGCUGCAGGUGGAGGGAUCCAUGCUGGAAACCAGUUGUGGGUCUCCCCACUAUGCGUGCCCGGAGGUUAUACGGGGUGAAAAAUAUGAUGGCAGGAAGGCAGAUGUGUGGAGUAGCGGGGUUAUACUGUAUGCACUACUUGUGGGAGCUCUUCCAUUUGAUGACGACAACCUGCGUCAGCUGCUGGAGAAGGUGAAGAAGGGCGUGUUUCACAUCCCCCACUUUGUUCCACCCGACUGUCAGAACCUUCUCCGUGGCAUGGUGGAGGUCGACCCGGAGAAACGCCUCACCUUGGAAGAAAUCCACAGACAUCCCUGGGUCACCAUGGAAUGUCAGGAUCAUUUAGAACUAGAAUUGCCUGUUGUUCAAGUCGUUCAGACGUCGAUCAUCCCGUCUAUUGAGGACCUGGAUCCAGACGUUCUAUCCACCAUGAACUCUCUCCAGUGCUUCAAAGACAAGGACAGAUUGAUACAGGAGCUCCUCAACAGCAGACAUAAUACAGAAAAGGUGAUAUAUUUUUUACUGUUGGAUAGAAAACUCAGGAACCCUUGUGUUGAGGAUGAAAUAGAAAUACGCCAUCGAUCAGAAUCAGCGGACCCUCCCCGUAAGCGUAUAGAUGCAGUACAGCUGAAUGGACAGCCGAGAUUGUCUCUGGGUUGUAUAAGUGAAGGUUCGCCCACUGCAGGGCGUAGAGCCCUCGCAAUACAGAAAGUUCGUAAGGCUAGUCUGUCCUCUAACAGUCCCAACGGUUCACCAGUGUUGAGUCCGAAACAUGGGCGUGGUCAUUUGGGUAACAGCCCAAACCCAACCCCACCCACCUCCCCAAGCGUACAGAACACGCCCUGGAAAUCACGCCUACAUACCAUCAAAAACAGCUUCCUGGGCUCACCCCGCUUCCACAGAAGAAAGCUCCAAGGUAUACCAUACCCAUAUCACGGGGCUAAUGGGGUUACAGCCCUUAAGGACCCCCUUCUUCUUUUGCCAGUGCCUAGUGAGGAUUCAAUGGCAGGAAUCACUCCAGACUCCUCACCAGAGAUGACAAAGAAGUCCUGGUUUGGCUCGCUGAUGGGGUCUGAGCGUGAGGAGCACCACUUUGUGAUGGUGCGGGACAAACCCCUCUCCCAGAUCAAGGCUGACCUCAUUCAUGCAUUCCUCUCUACACCAGACCUAUGCCACAGUGUUGUGUCGACUACAACGUUCCGUGCAGAGUAUCGGCGCUCUGCAAGCUCGUCUGUGUUUUCCCGCAACGUGAGGUUCCAGGUGGACAUCACACCGGCACACGGCUCAUCCGCAGAGCAUGAGAUCAGCAUGUACUGUCUCACCUUUACACACAUCUCAGGUCCAUCACGGAGGUUCCGGCGGGUCUGUGAACACAUCCAGAACCUGAUGUUGGGGCCUCGUGGGGAUGCUCUCAGCCAGCGCAAGAUCAGCACAGACAGCUCCUCGUCAUAUACAUCAGAGUGUGGAGCUUCCCCCACCCACAGUAUCUCUGUCACUCGAGCUGACUGUGAUGAUGAUACACCUGUAUUCGAUCGUAUAAGCAAGACUCCAACGCCUCAGCGGCGGGAUAUACCUCGGGUGAUUACAAAUGGCAGGCGUGUCAUUGUGGAUCCAAGUGUCAAACGCAAGGACAAGAUGUGAUGACAAGCUUGGCCACAUUAUAAUGUGUGGCAGUACUAACAUGUUAUAAUUACACAUGUAUAAUCACAGAUUGCUGAUUAGCCGUCUAACUUUGUGAACAUUUCACAUGGUUGUGAAGCUGCUGUGUAGGUUUUGCCAUCGUAGACGAAGCAGCAAUGGACUACAGAAACGCCGAUGUGGUCAAGAUGAUGCAAUUUACAACUUGGUCCAAGUUGUGGUAACAAAAGUGUUCAAUGGCUAGCAAGAUAUGUUUAAACUGAGUCAUGUUAAAUAGUGAAUUAUUAAGCGUUGGAGACUGUUCACAUGAGCUGUCUCCAGUAGGAAAUGAAAGAAAUUGUGUCUCUCCUUUGCUUGAUGUGUCAUACUAGGAUUUCUGAAAUAUUAUGAAAUAAUUCAGAAGGUGAAUUUUAAUUAAAUAUACAUGUAUAUAUGAUAAUAUAUCAUGUCAUUUUCAUAAGAAUUCAAUGCAAAGCAUUAAGAAAUUGUUUUAAUAUGAUUUUUAGCUCGACUAUUCGAAGAAUAAGGAGAGCUAUACUACUCACCCAAGCGUCAGCGUCACCCCUUGGUUAAGGUUUUGCGUGCAAGCACACAUAGGUUUAUAUCUCAGCAACUACUUGAGGUAUUGCAUUGAGACUUGAUACAAUGGUACUCAACCAUCCAACCUACUUAAUUAAACAAGUUAGAUAACUCUAGUUUGCAUUUAAUGCAAAUAAUAGGCAUUUAUUAUUUGACUUCGAAAUUCUGGUUAAGGUUUUGCUUGCAAGCACACAUUGGUUAAUAUCUCAGCAACUACUUGAGGUAUUGCAUUGAGACUAGAUACAAUGGUACUCAACCAUCCAAAUUACUUAAUUAACCAAGUAAGAUAACUCUAAUUUGCAUUUUGUGCAAAUAAUUGCUCUUUAUUAUUCAACUGAGAAAUUGUGGUUAAGGUUUUGCAUGUAGGCACACAUAGGUUAAUAUCUCAGCAACUGCUUGAGGUACUGUAUUGAGACUUUAUACAAUGGUACUCAACCAUCCAACCUACUAAAAUAUUCAAGUUAGAUAACUCUAGUUUGCAUUCAAUGCAAAAUAAUUGCCCUUAUUAUUCGACUUAGAAAUUUUGGUUAAGGUUUUGCAUGUAACCACAUUUAAGUUAAUAUCUCAGCAACUACUGGAUGUAUUGCAUUGAGACAUUACAAAAUGGUACUCAACCAUCCAAUCUACUUAAAUAACAAAGUAAGAUAACUCUAGUUUGCAUUAAAUUCAAAUAAUGGCCGCUUUUUUAUUCGACAUAGAAAUUCUUGUUAAGGUUUUGCAUGUAACCACUUAGUCAAUACCUCAGUGAAUACAUCAUGUAUUGCAUUGAAACUUUACACAUGGGCUCCCAACCAUUUAACCUUCUUAUUUAAUCAAGUUAGAUAACUCUAUCUUUCAUAUUAUAUAAUUUUUGCCCCUUUAUUAUGCCACUUAGAAAUUCUGGUUAAGGUCUUGCAUGUUAGCACACAUAGGAUAUUAUCUCGGCAAUUACUUGAUUUUUUGCAUUGAGACUUUAUACAAUGGUAUUCAACCACCCAACCUAAUUGAAUAACCAAGUUAGAUAACUGUAUUUUGCAAAUAAUGGGCCUUUAUUAUUACACUAAGGCACUUAAAAAUUCUGGUUAAAAUUUUGCAUGUAAUCAUAUUUAUGUUAAUAUCUCAGCACAUCAUGUAUUGCUUUGGAAUCUAAUCUAACAGUGAUCCAUGCAUGUUUCGCCAAAACUUUUCAAUCCUUACACUGAAAAGCGGCGGAAUAGUCGAACGCGCUGUCUCUGUGACAUCUCUUGUUUUUUGUUAGAAUCUAAAAAUGCUACAUAAGCAUGUUACUGCCAUUUCUGAAAGCAAGAAGCAUUAUGGGAUUUGGAAAAAUGAACUUUUUUCUCCCAGAAAGUAGCUUUGAAUGUUGGCGCAAUUCCAUACUGAGAAUUUAUUGGAAGAUGACUGAAUUUAGAUUCAUAAUUUUUUUUUGUAAUUCAAAGUGAAUCAUACACAUAUACUAUAUUACGAAGCAUUAUUCAUUGUACGGAGUACUCAUCUAUUAUAAGUACUGCAUUAAUAUCAAUGUCCAGUUUACACAGCGGAUGGUUUACCUAAAUCAUGUUAGAUAAUGUUGAAAUAGAAAUUGUAGUUGUUAAUGUACAAGUAGCUGAUUCAUCAUCUCCAUGCUGAACUACAAAUUGCCAUGUUCUACAAUCAAUUUCACUAUAUUUAUCUUUAAAUUUUUGCUUUUUUCUACAAAAUCAAUCAAUUACGUAGCUUAUACACAAAUGUAUGGAAAAUGAGAAUCUGUAAACUCUCAUUAACACGUUUUUGUCAAGACGUACGGUAUAUUUUUGAUGAUAAUUUUGAACAGUUGCUGUACACUUGUUGAUAAGAUGGGCACCAUGGCUGCUGAGUAAAUGUCUGCGUUUGAACUAGUAUUACCUCAUGCACUUUUGAGGACCAAAUUACAGACCAAGUUACUUACACUUAACUGUUGUCAGAAUUGCUUGUGCUUGCUAGUCAAAAUGCAGUAAGAUGUUUAAUUAAAAAAGAGUGGUUGCAUGUUCUUCGUUUAAGCUUUUAUGCACUUGACCAGCCUGUCAGAUUGUUGACUGCUGCCGGUCUGAUUGUUGACUGCUGCCUGUCAGAAAUUUUGACUGCUGCCUGUCUGAUUGUUGACUGCAACCAGUCGGAUUGUUGUCUGCUGCCUGUCAGAAUGUUGACUUCAAUGCGCAGGGAAAAAUGUCUCAAGUUGGUUCCCUAUCUGCAUAUUGGCUUUUCCUACGACUUAUUUUUUUUAAAGAAACGGGUUAUAUUAAUUUUGCCUCGCCGAAUAUGAACAAGGCGUGGAGCGAGAUUAAAAUCACUCAACUUUCAGAUAGAAUCCUUCUACAAUAUUUGCUUUUUCAUAGUGUGCAAUAUGAACUUAUGUGCAAUACGUUUUGUGUUUGUUUAUUUUGUUAUUGUUUCAAAUGUUGUUUACAUUAUCUGUGAAAUUGUAAAUAUUUUCAGAAAAACUGCUCAUCUGUAAUACUUUCGUAUUUAUUAAUCCCUGUUACAAUGUUGUGUCAUAAUUGCAUAAAUCUUUAAACACCACUGCUAUUCGAACAAUGUUAUGAGUGUAGAAGUUAAUAACAUGAAAAUCAAUGAAGACAUGAAAUGAGAGUAUUCUUUUCUCUUUGAAAAGAUGCGGAGCAUUUGCAUGAAUUAAUUGAUACAAAAAUAUAAAUAAAAAGGCAAUGUUGCAGACAUCGUUUUAUUUGAUAUUCACAGUUUGAUUUGUUUUCAUUUCUUGACAUUCUUUGUUCAAUUCCUAGUAUCAGUUGCAUUUUACAUAACAUCUUUCUUUAGUUUCUGUAACUGUGUAAAGCAUGCAAUUGUCAUAGUGUGUACAAUGUAUUAUAGAAUCUUUGUGAUAAACUAAUUGUGUGACAUUAAGAAUAAA